AAAAAAAAAAAAAAAAAGCAAAGAUGGGCAAGAGAGAGAGAAGUAGAGUAAUUAUUAUGGUUUGCAUAAUCCUUCAAAUAAACAAGAUUUAAUAAAAUUUCACUGAUCUACCUGGGUUUAGAGACUUUUUGGAAUACCGAUUCUGCAUCAAGACGAUCCGUUGACAAAAUAUCUCGAUCACAAUGAGGGGAAUCUUGUUCUUCCCAUCAUAGUUAUCAAGAACCCCAAUUCUACUCAAGAAAUUGUCGAAACCCUAGACAAGAGAAAUUUUACCAGUGGAAAUUCGCCGAGAAAUUCUGGGUUUUUGACAAAAUUGCGUUUAUGAAAAUGGGUCGUCGUCUAAAUCUUCAAUCUGGCAUAAAAGCCAUUAAAGAAGAACCUGAAGAAUCUGAAGAAUUAAGUUCAUCAUCUAACAAAGCUGCUUUAUCAUGUAUGAUUAAUUCAGAAAUUGGUGCUGUUUUAGCAAUUAUGAGAAGAAAUGUGAGGUGGGGUGGUAGAUUUAUGUCAUCUGGGGAAGAUCAAUUUGAUCAACAUUCUCUUAUUCAAUCAAUGAAAUCGUUGCGAAAACAAGUUUUUAUGUGGCAACAGCAACAAUGGUGUAAUAUCAACCCAGUUUUGUAUUUGCAGCCAUUUUUGGAUGUAAUUAGGUCAGAUGAAACUGGUGCCCCUAUUACAAGUGUUGCUUUAUCAUCUGUUUAUAAGAUCUUGACUCUUGAUGGUGUUCUUGAUCUGAAUACUACAAAUAUUGAAGAUGCUAUGCAUUUGGUUGUUGAUUCUGUUACGAGUUGUCGAUUUGAGGUUACAGAUCCUGCUUCAGAAGAAGUGGUAUUGACCAAAAUUCUUCAGGUUUUGCUGGCUUGUAUGAAGAGUAAAGCAUCUGUUGUAUUGGGUAAUCAGCAUGUAUGUACUGUGUUUAAUACUUGUUUUAGAAUUGUUCAUCAAGCUACUACCAAAGGUGAAUUGCUACAAACCAUGGCUGCCCACACGAUGCGUGAGCUCGUGAGGUGUAUCUUUUUGCAUCUUCCUCAAGUUGAUGUUGAGAGUACGGAGAAUUCUGUAAACAAUGGAAGUUCAAUGCAGGCAGAGAUCGGUGGCAUUGGUAACGAAUACAGUUUCUCAUCUGGGCAGAUCAAUAAUGGCAAUAACUCUGAAUAUGAUGAUGCUCAGUUGCCCACUGCUAAUUACAGCUCUAAUGUCUCUGUGGGUAUGGGUGCUGGUGUGGUGGAUGAAAACAGUACUGGAAAUGGGAAGGAUUCAGGAGCAUAUGAUUUGCAUGUGACGAUGGCACCAUAUGGAGUGCCCUCAAUGUUUGAGAUCUUUCAAUUUCUAUGUUCUUUGUUAAAUGUUGUUGACCAAGGUGUAAUCAGUCGAUCCAAUGGCUUGGCAAUUGAUGAGGAUGCACCUCUAUUCGCCUUGGGUCUCAUAAAUUCAGCUAUUGAGUUAGGUGGGGCUUCUUUUGUCAGACAUCCCAGGUUACUCAAUUUGAUACAGGAUGAACUCUUUCGCAAUUUGAUGCUUUAUGGUUUAUCACCAAGCCCACUGAUUCUUUCUAUGGUAUGUAGUGUAGUUCUGAAUUUAUAUCAUCAUUUGCGAAUGGAGCUUAAACUGCAACUUGAGGCUUUCUUUUCCUGUGUGAUCUUGAGACUGGCACAGAGCAGAUACGGUGCCUCUUACCAGCAGCAAGAGGUUGCAAUGGAGGCCCUUGUUGAUUUUUGCCGGCAAAAGACUUUUAUGGUUGAGAUGUAUGCUAAUUUAGAUUGUGACAUAACAUGCAGCAAUGUGUUUGAAGAUCUCGCUAACUUGUUGUCGAAGAGUGCGUUCCCUGUAAAUUCUCCACUGUCGUCGAUGCACAUUCUAGCUCUUGAUGGGCUGAUUGCAGUUAUUCAAGGGAUGGCUGAAAGAAUUGGCAAUGGAUCUCUUGGCUUAGAACAGGCACCUGUGAGUCUUGAAGAGUAUUCUCCAUUUUGGAUGGUCAAGUGUGAUAAUUAUAGUGAUCCCAACCAUUGGGUUCCAUUUGUUCGUCGUAGGAAAUAUAUCAAGAGAAGACUAAUGAUUGGUGCUGAUCACUUUAAUCGAGAUCCUAAAAAGGGGUUGGAGUUUCUUCAAGGAACCCAUUUGUUGCCUGAGAAACUUGAUCCACAGAGUGUGGCUUGCUUCUUCAGAUACACAGCUGGGUUGGAUAAGAAUCUUGUGGGGGACUUUCUCGGAAACCAUGAUGAAUUUUGUGUUCAAGUUCUUCAUGAGUUUGCCCAGACAUUUGAUUUCCAAGAUAUGAAUCUGGAUACUGCUCUGAGACUCUUUUUGGAGACUUUUAGGCUUCCCGGAGAAGCACAAAAGAUCCAAAGGGUGCUUGAGGCAUUCUCAGAAAGAUAUUAUGAGCAAACUUCGCAUAUUUUGGCCAAUAAAGAUGCUGCCUUUGUGCUGUCAUAUUCCCUUAUAAUGCUCAACACUGAUCUGCACAAUGUACAAGUUAAGAAGAAAAUGACAGAAGAGGAUUUCAUCCGCAAUAAUCGCCGCAUAAAUGCCGGUGAGGAUCUUCCACGUGAGUUUCUGUCUGAGCUAUAUCAUUCUAUCUGCAAAAAUGAAAUUCGCACGACACCUGAACAAGGUGCUGGUUUUGCUGAGAUGACUCCAAGCCGAUGGAUUGAUUUAUUGCACAAAUGCAAGAAGACCGCUCCUUACAUCUUGGCCGAUUCUCGGGCCUAUCUUGAUCAUGAUAUGUUUGCUAUAAUGUCUGGACCAACGAUUGCUGCCAUUUCUGUGGUUUUUGAUAAUGCCGAGUAUGAAGAAGUCUAUAGGACUUGCAUUGAUGGUUUCUUAGCUAUAGCGAAGAUAUCAGCCUGCCACCAUCUUGAAGAUGUUCUUGAUGAUCUUGUUGUUUCUCUUUGUAAAUUCACUACCCUUUUGAACCCAUCUUCAGUUGAAGAGCCUGUUUUGGUGUUUGGUGAUGAUAUGAAAGCAAGGAUGGCAACUGUUACAGUCUUUACCAUUGCUAAUCGAUAUGGUGACUAUAUUCGCACAGGAUGGAGAAAUAUCCUGGACUGUAUUUUGAGAUUGCACAAGCUUGGUCUUCUUCCUGCUCGUGUGGCCAGUGAUGCUGCGGAUGACUCAGAGCUAUCUUCCGAUCUUGGUCAAGGGAAGCCGCUUACAAGCUCAUUAUCCGCAUCUCAUUUUCCAUCUAUGGGUACUCCUAGAAGGUCUUCUGGGUUGAUGGGCCGAUUCAGCCAAUUGUUGUCUCUGGAUACAGAGGAGCCUAGGUCACAGCCUACUGAGCAACAACUUGCUGCUCAUCAGCGGACACUUCAGACAAUUCAGAAGUGUCACAUUGAUGGUAUCUUUACAGAGAGCAAGUUUCUUCAAGCUGAAUCCUUGUUGCAGCUUGCGAAAGCACUCAUAUGGGCUGCUGGUAGACCUCAGAAAGGAGCUGGUUCACCAGAAGAUGAAGACACUGCAGUGUUCUGCCUUGAAUUAUUGAUUGCAAUCACAUUGAAUAAUCGGGAUAGGAUUGUUCUUCUUUGGCAGGGUGUCUACGAGCAUAUUGCAAAUAUUGUGCAGUCCACUGUCAUGCCCUGUGCCUUAGUGGAGAAGGCUGUCUUUGGGCUUCUUAGAAUUUGCCAGCGGCUUCUCCCUUAUAAAGAAAACCUGGCUGAUGAGCUUCUUAGGUCUUUGAAGUUGGUCCUCAAGCUUGAUGCUCGAGUUGCUGAUGCAUACUGUGAGCAGAUUACCCAAGAGGUGACUCGGCUAGUCAAAGCAAAUGCCACUCACAUCAGAUCACAAAUGGGUUGGCACACCAUUACUUCUCUUCUAUCUGUCACAGCUCGACACCCAGAAGCUUCCGAAUCAGGAUUUGAUGCUCUGGUGUUUAUAAUGUCUGAUGGGGCCCACAUGUUGCCCUCAAAUUUCAUUCUCUGUGUAGAGUCCGCUAGACAAUUUGCGGAGUCUCGAGUUGGACAAUCUGAUCGAGUUGGACAAUCUGAUCGAUCCAUUCGUGCUUUGGAUCUUAUGGCCGGUUCCGUGAGUUGUUUGGUGAAGUGGGUUAGUGAGACUAAGCAAGCUGUGGAGGAGGAUGUUGUCAAGAUGUCUCAGGAUAUCGGUGAGAUGUGGCUUAGACUUGUACAGGCCCUAAGGAAAGUUUGUUUAGACCAAAGAGAAGAAGUCAGAAACCAUGCUGUUUCUUCUUUGCAGAAGUGUUUGACGGAAAUGGAUGAGGUCCACCUCGCUCACAAUCUUUGGUUACAAUGUUUUGAUAUGGUAAUUUUUACAAUGCUCGAUGAUUUGCUUGAAAUUGCCCAGGGACAUUCCCAGAAGGAUUAUCGGAACAUGGAAGGGACACUUACCAUCGCUAUCAAACUUCUUUCGAAGGUAUUUUUGCAGUUACUCCCCGAACUCUCCCAAUUAACUACAUUCUGCAAACUUUGGUUGGGCAUUCUCAGUCGGAUGGAAAAAAUCACGAAGGUCAAAAUUCGAGGGAAGAGAAGUGAGAAGCUCCAAGAUCUAGUUUUAGAACUCCUGAAAAAUAUACUUGUAGAGAUGAAAAACAGGGGAGUUCUUGCUCAGAGGAGCGCGCUCGGUGGAGAUAGUUUAUGGGAAUUAACAUGGUUACAUGUCAACAAUAUUUCUCCGUCUUUGCAAUCUGAAGUUUUUCCAAGUGCAGCAGCCGAUGAGAGUACUAAUUCGGUUCACACCGAGGCCGUGUCUUUAGAUAGUUGAUAACGCCAUGCAUCUAAUAUGAGAACCGAAAACUCCCUAAUGGCUGAAGUGGGCAUUUUCCCGAUUGCUGGUUUAUGCAUCGGAGAGAAAGUAUAUACAUAUGUUUCUGGUAUGCCGUUCUGUUCUGUACGUGUAUUGUUUAAUGUUCCGUCACCUAGUGGUGUUGAAGAUGAUUUUCUUCGGGACUGGGGCUCUUGAUUUCUACAGUUUGCCUAGAUAUUAGAUAUAUGGGUAGGACUCAUCGAAUGUACCUUCGAAAUUUGAAUUAGCUAGUGAAAAGGGAAAUCUGUGUACUUUUGUUCUACAUAGUUACAAGUCAAUCAUCAAGCAAUGUAUUGCUGUGUAAUUGAAUCUUCAUAUAUUCAUUCUGAAUCUGAAGUGUCUUAUCCCUUGAAUGUUAAAGGUGCUAUGCUGUUACGGUAUUCAGUAAACCGAUCUUUAAGCUGCUAAAUACAGGCGUAGCAAUGAAUUUUGCGUGUAUUUGGUGGUUUACAAAGAUUUUCUAUAUUUUUUU